UGUCAAUAAAUAUUCAUAGCUCGAGUUGAUUCCCCACAAAAUAGUGCUAGUACGGCCAGCCACUUACGAGAACCUUUGCCAGCAAACGGGGGAAAUCACGCCAAGGUUAUUCGCUCACCGAGAACGGCAAGGUAAACCAGAUAACGGUGACACGGCGCAUUCACUGGCCUUGUACGCAGAGCCGUGCGCCAACAGCGAAACAGUCUAGUUUGGAGGGAAGAAGCAUCCAAGCUUGGACCUCCCGCCGUAAAACGUCAAGCAAGUUUGCGCAAAAGGCGUGCGUUCGUGUGUGCGUCUUCGUGUACGUGUGUGUGUAUGCGUGCGUGCGUGUCUGCGUGUGUCAGUGUGUGUAUGUGAUCAGCCUCUGGGACGAAGAAGGCAUGUUCCGCGCGGUAAACUAGAGAAGUGCAUCAACAGAGUGCAUAUAGUGGCAGCAGCAGCACCAAAAACUGCAGCAGGAAACCCUUCGCCACGAUAGGGGUUUGUACGGCGUGAGUCGUCGCGUUCGACGGGCAGUUUUGAAGGUUAGGCCGAGCGUGUGCGCUGUUGUGUGCUGCGGGAGAGCAGGUGUGCAUCGCGACGAUGUUCGAUCGAUCGAUGGAGGGAAGAAGAUCAGGCAUGAAGCAGCCGGAGGCGGCGAGCGCUGCGCUGAAAUCGGGCUUGCUGUCAUCGCCCUCGAGCAGCACCAGGAACAACCAAAGCACGCCGUCAAGGAUGAGUUCCUUUGGGGGCAGUGCGACGGGUUUGAGUCGCACGCUCAGCACACCGCCAGUCGCGGAAUCGACGCACAUCGGCGGCACGAGCUUCAGUGCUGCCUGGAACGGUGCCAGUCUCGGUGGACAGUCUAAGCGGAGGCCCACCUCACCGCUGAUGAGCAACAGCCGUACACUGUUCAAAAGCAGCGGUAACCUGACGGGCAUUGGGCGUGUAAAUUCACGAGUGAUAACUGACGCCAGAAGCCCGGGUUUGGUGAAUCGAUUGGUGCGGUACUACGAUCGCGGCCAGUCCCAGGCGGCCAUAAACCGCUCCCAAUCGCUGUCGAGCGUGUACAACAAACCGGGCCAGUUUCCGCUGGUGCAGCUGCGCAAGCAGGAACUGCGUUACACCAACAGCAGCACGGCUCGGCGGAACGGGAACUUCAGCAUGGUGCGUAUAGCGCCGCCGGAGCGAUCGCUCUUUCAGACGAACAAGCGCAGCAGCAUUUUUCGCAGCGGUUCAAUGUUCCUGCCGACCACGAACGAAUCGGCGAACGAGUCGUCUUUGUUUGCGGGGCUGGGCACAUCACGCAACGGACCCAGCGGCAGUGGCAGCGGGAGCGGGAGUGGUGGCAGUGGUGGUGGUGGUGGUGGUGAUGUUGCGGACGCCGAAAACCGCGUCAUCACACCGUGUGCCGAGCUGGAUUCGACGCCGACCCGUAGUGUGCUCGACGCGCUGAAGGAAAUUUCCCGAAAGCGUAUCAACAGCGAGGAGCUGGACGCGGAUCGCAUCAAGAAACAGUGCCAGGAGCUGUCGGAGCUUGAUGCGGCCGGCAGCGGCCCGCCGUCAUCAACGGCGGCCGUUGCCAUCGGAACACACGGCCUGGCGACAAAGCGAAGCCGCGAACAGGCAAUGGAGAGCAGCCCCGCCUCGCCGUCAGAGCUGGGACCGCCGGGGCUGGGCGGAGUGGGCCGUGCGCCCCAUUCCGGCGGCGAGCAGCAGACGCAAAAGAAACGGCUUUGCGUGAAGAACAACGACAUUCUCAGCUCGCUCAGCUCCAGCCUGGUCGCAAUGAACACACCGAAGCGAAAUGCAGUACCCCGCAACGAUCGUCGCCUGUACAUGAACCACUCGAUCAGCAUGUCCAGUCCGGCGAUCGGCACCAUACCGACCUCAUCCUCAACCCUGGUCGGACUGGCCACGCCAGAAAAGUUCUCCAACAUGGCACUGAAUUCGCCCGGACCGCUCGAGCGAAGCGACAGUCCGAAAGAUACAGCAGCCAAUGGUCACGCCCAGCAGUCGGUGGCACGCACCAGCACGACACUGGACCACCACUGGAACCAAUCGGGCAGGGGUAGCGCUAGCAAGGAGCCAAUGGAGCAGCUUCUUCCACCGCACCGUGCCCCACCAAAGAUAACGCUCUUCAACCGUCCGUACGAAUCGACGGCGAUGACGGGAGUGGCAGAUAAAUCCGGCUCACCAUCAACCAGGGGCACCCAGUCAAGGCACGCCAGCCGGCUGCUGUCGAGCGAUGGCGAAGAUGACGAGCACGGCGAGGGCAGUGGGAAGGUUCAGUUCGUAAAGCCGAAGGAGAAAUCGCCCAACGAUGUUACCCUGUCCGGGUUAGGCUCGGGCGGAUUUAGUUCGUCGCGCGAUCCGCUGAAGAAACCAGCCCCAUCCAAGCUGACGGUAAUGCUGAAGUGCUUGAGCGGAGAUCUGGACGACUACGAGGAAGAGCAGGAGGAGCAACAAUCACGUCAACCUUCGCGAGCGACUGCGACUGCGCCACAGUCGAGAAAUGGAUUUAGCUUCGGUUCCAACGCACCCGCAAAAGAUACCGUUGACGGACCGAAGGACCUUCCAGCGAGUGGCCCUUCGAAGCAACCGGCGGCCACUACGUUGAAGGAUUCAGCGGCAUCCACGCCCGUGAGUGCUGCCUCCUCUUCCACGCCCGUCACGAACGGCGGACUGUCGGCGUUGAUUAACAACCCCAUCAAAGAUACCGGGCUGGGCAAGAUCGCUGUACCAACAUCAAAGGAGACUGUUGUUGCCGUUCCCGCUGCACAAACGUCCGCAGCGAAUGAAGCGAAGACGGCGAGCGCUCCAUCCGAGGCGGCGAAAACGCUUACGUUCUCGUUCGGAUCCAACAGUGGCACAACUUCUGUCAGCAGCCCUCCGCCGGUAUCGACUACAACAACAACGAGCACCGGAUUUUCCUUGCCGGCCAAACCGCCGGCAACAACAACGACCGCGGCAGGACAGAGCAGCACAGCGACGCCAACCUUUUCGUUCGGAACACCGGCCUCCCCGAAGACCACAGGCGCAGCGCAAACAACUAGCAGCCCGAUUGCCACUAGCCUGGGAACGUCGAAUUUGAUCGCUUUCUCGCCGGCACCGGGCACGCUGGGGUCCACAUUCGGUAGCGGUAGCGGCGCUGCCAAGCUUCCCUCACCAGUACUGCAGUUCGGAAGUCCGGCAACAACGUCCACGGUCACCACCACAGCAACACCCGGCAGCACAUCGACGUUUUCGUUUGCGGCUGGAGCUUCCACAAUUCCGACCGCCGCUAAUACUCCAACGAUGCCAGCAGCCAGCAUCAGCUCGCCUACCACCUUCGGUAGCCCUGGUUCGUUUGGAGGAUUCCAACUUCCCCCCGCAUCAACGCAGGCUGGCAGCACUGGCGCCACAACCAGCACGGUGACCACGACGCAAUCGGCCACGCCUGCCUUCAGCUUCGGUGCCAACGCAGCCACCGCUAGCAGCAGCACCACCACCACGACAAUCCCAGUGUUUGGUUCCAGCUCGUCACUAUUCACUAACGCGACCUCCAGUGCGCCGAGCACUGCUGGAACCAAUGGAGCUACGAUGACUAGCGGCAGUACAUUUACCUUUGGCGCACCGAAAUCGACACCAUCGGCGCCGGCCCCUUCGUUUACGUUCGGUGCGACAGCACAGGCCCCAACAGCACAGGCAAGCUCAGCGCCGGCAGCCGCCAGUACGAAUGCUUUCUCCUCUUCCGUUGCACCUAGCACGACGACAUUCCCAACGUUUGGUUCGAUUGCCGGGGCAGGCGGCGGAGCGGCAGCAACGACAGGGACGGCAGCUGCCACAGCCAGCGCCAACCCUACCAACCCGUCCCAACCGACGUUCACAUUCGGCGGGGUAAAGCCAGCAUCCGCGACCACACCGAACCUGUUCGGUGCAGCCGCGCCUUCGUCCAACUCCACCACCAACGCAUCGUCCGACGCAGGCAAAACUAAUCUCUUUGCUUCCGCAACAACCCAACAAGCGAAUGCGUCUAACAUAUUCGGUGCGGCCGCUGCCGGGAGUCAAGCCGCGCCAGCAGCACCCCCGACUGGUGGAACGUCGGUGUUUGGUGUUGCCAACGGAGCUGUACCGGGUGCGGCUUCAUCUCCGUUUACCUUUGGUGCAGCCAAGCCAGCAGCAGCCCCGGCCCCGACUAGUGGCAAUGCUAAUAGCAACAACAACAACAACAGCAGCGGUACAACAGGUUCCAUCUUUGGCAAUGCGGUUGCAUCCAUCACAUCCCCAGCAGGCCCAGCUGCAACGCCCGGCAUGUUCACGUUCGGUUCCGCCAAAGCUCCCGCUCCAGGCGCCCAGGGUGUACAAAAUACGGCCACCUCAAACCAGCAGCAACCUCAGGCUUCGAAUCCGCUCGGUGGUGGUGGCGUUCCCACGUUCGGUGCGACCGCCACCAGCAAUACAAACGCGAGUCCCUUUGCGUUCGGUGCAAACAAGGCGUCCGCAGGGGGUGGAAUUUUCGGUGGCAUUACGGCAACAAACAACAACAACAGCACCACUGGAAAUUCCAACACAUCCACCCCGUCGGCGGUGCCCGCGUUUGGUGCCACCAUGAACGGUGCCAAUCCGGCGCCGGCUUUCGGCACCACCGGAUCCAUCUUUGGCAGCGCAAAUGCGACGGGAGCUUCUACGGGCUCAGCGAACCAAUCGGUGGGCUCCAUCUUUGGCACGCCACAAACGAACGGACCGCAGAAUGUGAACAACACAGCAGCGUCCACCGGUCAACCGGGUGGAUUGUUUACGUUCGGAGCAAGCAAUACUGCUAACAGUGCUCCAAACAAUGCCACCCCCACGUUCGGAAGCAAUGCUGGCAGCGGCAGUACCUUCGGUGGCUUCAACGCUACACCCGCUGCAGGAAGCAUGUCUAAUGGCAUUGGCGGCAACACGACGGCACCCGCCAACAAACCGUUCACGUUCGGUGCGAGCAGUGCCGGCCCGAUGGUGCCACAGAACAACGCCCAGCAGCAACAGCAGCAGCAGCAGCAGCAACAGGCAGCUCCUUCCCAAGCUGGCGCUUUCAAUUUCAACCUCGGAUCGAACGCCGCACCAAAGCCGUUCAAUUUCACUGGCGGGCUUGGCAAUGCGAACGCGAAUGUGGCCUCGCCGCCCAUGUUUGGUUCACCGGUCGCAACGGGUAACGUCAAUCCGGCACCUAACAACGCGUCUCCGUUCGCGUUCGGCGCGAUGGUCAAUGGAGCAAACGCAGCCCCUGCCCCGAACAGCAACGCGACCGCCGGUCCGUUCACGUUCGGUGCCCCGGCCGCCCAGCCUGCUCCGGGUCCUGCGUCGCCGUUUAACUUCUCCGCUGGAAACGUCGCGGCAGUCGCACCACAACCGCAGCAGCAACCGGGGGCAGCAUUUACCUUCGGCGGAGCGCAACAGCAGCAGCCCCAGCAGCAGCAGCAGCAGCAGCAACAGCAGCAGCAGCCGUUCGGCAUGGGCGGUGGCGCUGCACCAUUCGGUGCACCACCCGCGUUCGGUGCUCCGGGCGGCAUCGUGCCCGGUGGCGUCAUGCCAACGUUCAGCAUCGGCACCAACUCAACCCCGAACGGACCGCCGCGGCGGAUAAAGGUGGCCACGAGGCGUGUCAAGUGACCGUAAAGCGGAUGAACCCUUGGCGCAAGGGUUUCUGGGAUACAGCGGGGAAGGAAGGAGAACGUUUGUGCGGUUUGGCAAAACAGCAGGAGAUGCAAAGAAGCUCGCAACUGCAAAUUCAAGACAAAGUCAGUUUAUUGCGUAUGUUUGUAUAUGUGUGUGUGUGAGCGUCUGUUGAAAGUUUGACUACAAUGUCUGUCGCUGCCUUAACGUUGGAUUCUGUUACAGUCGCACUCCAAACAGCUUUCUUUUGGGUUUUCAUAUUUUUGUCGGUGGAAAACGUCAUUGCUGCGUGGGCACGAGCUUUCGAGCGAUGGUUUGGCAAACAUUUUUCUUUCCCUUAAAUACAAAAUUGUGCAAGCGUCCCGUUACAAUGGAAAUUAACAAUGACUGGGAAUUGUGUAUGUGUAUAGGCGUAUGAGGGAUGAAGUGUAUAAAGGAGAAAUAAAAAUAACCCGUUUAAUAAAUUAACAACCUACCAACCUGCUGAUAUGGGAUGGGACGAAA